GGCUGUCAGAGAUCCAGUCAGACUGAUUCUAGAGCUCCAGAGCGAUGGGUCAGAGCAGCUCCGCCUGCCCUCAGGUGUUGAUCAUGGGUCUGGACUCUGCGGGGAAGUCCACCCUGUUGGCCCAGAUCCUGACCGGACAGACGGUCAAAACCUCGCCGACCGUGGGCUUCAACGUGGGAACGCUGGACCUGAACAAGCAGUCGCCUUUGACGUUGUGGGACAUUGGCGGACAGCAGAGCAUGAGACCCAACUGGAAGUACUACCUGGACGAGUGCAAGGCGUUGGUGUUCGUGGUGGACAGCACCGACGCGGCUCGCAUGCCAGAGGCGCAGAAGGCUCUGAAGGGCAUCCUCAGCGACGAGAGGCUGCAGGGAGUUCCUCUGAUGGUUCUGGCCAACAAGAAGGAUCUGCCCCACAGCAUGACCAUACGGGAGGUGUCCAACAAGUUGAACCUGAACAGUUACACAGACAGAGAGUGGGAGAUCCAGGCCUGCAGCGCCACCCAGGGGCUGGGUCUGCAACAGGCCUUCCUGAAGGUCAACAAGCUGAUCAAGAGGAGCUGAGAGGACCAGCAAAGGAAGGAGACUCGUUUAACCUCAGGAUUUUAUUUAUAGAGAUUAAUAAAAGUUUUAGUGAUGA